ACUAAAUUUAAUUUGAUUUCCUGCCCCUGUCACGAAAAGGGUCGAACAAUAACGGUGUGCUGAGUCAUAGGAUUGAACAUCACGAUACAUGUACUGACUUGAAGGCGACUUUCGACUCUUCAGCCAGGACAGACAACUUUUGAAAAGCCGUAAACUUGAAAAGAUUAAAUAUGGCAGCGGAUGGUUUAGUCGCUUCGCUGCCCUCAAUUGAUCCUGACAACGAUUUCGAUGGUAGCGAAUUCUCGCCUGUAGACGAGAAAACUGAAAGUAAGACUUGCUUUGACCAAAGUCUGAUCUGGGAAGUUGCGGUACACCAAGAGUUCCUUGAACCAGAGAUUGUAAGAGCGAAGAGUGUUAGUCCACACCGCAAAGUCAAAGUUCCAAGUACAUCAACACAGACCGGCAAAACCAGGCGGGGUGAAGAUAAACAUCUGAGUACAGAACACACUGAACUUCGGCAACAGAAUAUGAACAGAUCUGGAGUACCAAACCGUAUGUCUUUAAAAACUCCUUGUCGAGAUUCAGGUAAUUUGUCAAGGAACGGUGAAUUCGAGCUUCCAUCCAUCCCAGUUCAAUCAAAACGACAAAGGGCCCUGACUGAACCUUAUCUGUUGUCUUCUUUGAAUGAAGGAGUUGACUUCGUAGAAGGCGAUGUGUUUCGUAAGAACCUGAGUUUAAUGUAUCGUCAAGGUAGAGAAGUGAGAAAACUGGAGUAUGAUAACACGGCAUCGAGAAGAACUUUACAGGAAGCACACGACAUGAUAGGAGAUCUCAAAGCCAAGAUUGAAAAGAGAAAUAAAUUCAUCAGAGAGAGGAACAAGAAAGAAGGAGACAUCGCUCAUGUUGUUGAAACUUUAAAACGGGAAAAGGAUGAAAAGCUCUUAGAAUACAAAACGAUACAAAAACGAAUGACUGAGGCACUGGCGCUCAAAGACAAAAAUCUUGAAGAUAUUGAGGCAGAGAGGACACAGGCUGAGAGUCUUUAUCAAAAACAGUUAAAAGACAACACUGAACUGAUGAGAAAAAUUGAAGCAAGGGAGAAACAAAUCAAGCAACUGAAAGACAAGACAGAAAAAGCAAAAAAAUGGAAAGAUAACGCUAGAAGCUAACUUCAUUACAGUGAAUGAAACAGCUGCUCCAAUCAUUUGGGUGGUUAAGGUUUUCAAUGAUUUAAAGAGCAGUUCGAGACGGUCACCAGUUCAUCAAAUUGGA